ACGAUUAGCUAGAGGCGUGUUACGACCAAUAAUACGUCUAGAGGCCUAUCUAGGAUAGACAUAAGAUGUGGCAAGCGAUGCACAUGACUUCUUUAUUACCUCGACACGAAACGAGAGACCAGCAAUGAUGAUAACCAAGAAACUGACUGCGCACACGCGCAACGUGAAUAUCACCCCUGAUCUUGAGUAUAAUGAUGAUUUCGCCAAGGGAGCUACGGAGCACUUGGGAGCCAACGAAGAUGUUGGCUAUCAUCGAUCGCUGGGCCGUGGUCAAAUCAUGAUGAUGACCUUUGGGGCAGGCAUCGGGUCUGGGCUAUGGGUAGGUACAGGCACGGCUCUCAAGUAUGCUGGGCCGGGUGGUAUCGCCAUUGCAUAUAUUAUCCCCGUGUAUGUCAGGAUCAGAAACCAGUUGCUGAACGUACAGCACGUCAACCAACUCCGUAGCAGAAUGGUCGUGUACCUGCAGUACAUCUCGGUUGGAGAAAUGACAACGUACAAGCCUGUCCAUGGCGAAAUUAUUCGACAAUGCAUCGAGUACGUGGAACCUGCGUUUGGGUUUGCAGUGGGAAACUUCUUCUUUUCCGUGCUUGAGCUUUGGCCGCAGACUCAGGUCGUUCCCCUUGCGGCGUACAUCACCGUCUUCCUGAUCAUUAUCGCCUUGGCGAAUUCGUUCGGUGUUCGGAUCUACGGUCACGUCGACAUUCCGGCCACGCAUGGUGCGAUUGAGUUUUGGUACUGGCGAAAUCCUGGUGCCCUCAACAAUGGCAUCAAUGGGAUCUCCAAGGCCUUCGUGCAGGCCUUGUUCAGCUUUGGCGGCGGUAAAUAUAUCGCUGUCAUUGCAGGCGAAGCCCGCGAUUCCCGCCGGACUACCAAGAAGACAGUGCAUCCGGUCUUUUGGCGCAUGUUCGCCUUCUUCGUUGUCAAUAUUUGGCUGAUUUGGGGGUGUGUUGUGGUAUACAGCUGGUUUUCGUCGCUGGUAUCAGUCUCGACCCUGUUUCAGUGGUCCAGUAUCUUCAUCUCGCACAUUCAAUUCCGACGUGGCCUCGCAGCGCAGGGCAUCGACAUCCAGUCUCUACGUUAUCAGGCCCGUGCGGCACCCUACGCGCAGCACUUCGCGCUGGUUUUAAUCUGGUCCAUUGCAGGCUCUGAGAUAGACUUCACGGCAGCUCAGGCCUUCGAUGAAGAAGACCGGGCUAGGGCUGUGGUGGGCUACGAGAUGGCUGGCAACAGAGACACGAAGAUCAUGCAGCGAAUGAAGGACUAG